CCCCUGCCCCCCGCCUCGGGCCCUCGUCUACAUCCUUGGAAGGGACCUCUCAAAGCGGUCACUAACUUGUGUCGUGACAUCUCGAGGGUCAUAUCGCGACAUCACCGCUUCAUAUCGUGACAUCACCGUGCCCCGGUCGUGAUAGCAUCUCGUCGCAUUCCCGUUCUCCCUUCUUUCCGCCUUAAUUUUUUUUUUGGUCAUGUCAUCUUUGGGGGUUGUCCCAUGUCGUGAUCUUGCUGUGACCUCGUCGUGCUUUCCUUCGUGACAUCACCUCGGGUCAUCGUGAAGUGUGACUUCAUCAUGCUGCCCUGUCGUGACUUCAUCAGUGUCGUGUUGUGACCUGGCUGCGGCGAGACAGUUGGGCAAGGCGGGCACCAUGGCGUCCGAUUGUGAGCCGGCUCUGAGCCAGGCUGAGAGCCGCAACCCCACCCUGGAGCGAUACCUGGGGGCUCUUCGAGAUGCUAAGAACGACAGUGAGCAGUUUGCAGCCCUGCUACUAGUAACCAAGGCGGUCAAAGCUGGUGAUAUUGAUGCGAAAACCCGCCGGAGGAUCUUUGAUGCUGUGGGCUUCACUUUCCCCAACCGGCUCCUCACCUCAAAGGAAGCCCCGGACGGCUGCCCUGACCACGUCCUUCGAGCUCUCGGGGUGGCCCUGCUUGCCUGCUUCUGUAGUGACCCCGAGCUGGCUGCCCACCCCCAAGUUCUCAACAAGAUUCCUAUCCUGAGUGCCAUCCUUACCACCCGGGGUGACCCCGAUGACGCAGCCCGCCGCUCCAUGAUUGAUGACACCUAUCAAUGCCUCACCGCCGUGGCCGGCACACCCCGAGGACCCCGACACCUUAUUGCCGGGGGUACCGUGUCUGCCCUUUGCCAGGCUUACCUGGGCCAUGGCUAUGGCUUCGACCAGGCCUUGGCACUCCUUGUGGGACUGUUGGCAGCUGCAGAAGCCCAGUGCUGGAAGGAGGCAGAGCCGGAGCUGCUGGCCGUGCUUCGGGGCUUGAGUGAGGAUUUCCAGAAGGCCGAGGACGCCAGCAAGUUUGAGCUCUGCCAGCUGCUGCCCCUGUUUCUGCCCCCGACAACUGUCCCCACCGAGUGCCUCCGAGAUCUACAGGCUGGGCUGGCACGGAUCCUGGGCAGCAAGCUGAGCUCCUGGCAGCGCAACCCGGCCCUGAAGCUGGCGGCUCGCUUGGCACAUGCCUGUGGAUCCGAGUGGAUCCCGGCCGGCGGGUCUGGGGGCAAGUUCCUGGCCUUGUUAGUGAACCUGGCCUGCGUGGAGGUGAGGCUUGCCCUCGAGGAGCCCGGGACGGAGGUGAAAGAGGAUGUGGUGACCGCCUGCUAUGCCCUGAUGGAACUGGGCAUCCAGGAGUGCACCCGUGUGGAGCAGCCAUUGCUAAAGGAGCCCCAGAAAGUGCAGCUCGUGAGCAUCAUGAAGGAGGCCAUUGGAGCAGUCAUUCACUACCUGCAGCAGGUGGGCCCAGAGAAGCAGAAGGAGCCCUUUGUGUUUGCCUCGGUGAGAAUCUUGGGUGCCUGGCUGGCAGAAGAGACGUCGUCCCUUCGAAAGGAGAUCUGCCAGCUGCUGCCCUUCCUUGUCCGAUAUGCUAAGAGCCUCUACGAGGAGGCCGAGGAGGCCGGCGAUCUCUCACAACAGGUGGCAAAUCUGGCCAUUUCUCCUACUCCUCCAGGACCGUCCUGGCCUGGGGAUGCCCUCCGGCUCCUCCUGCCGGGUUGGUGCCACCUGACUGCAGAAGAUGGGCCCCGGGAGAUCCUCAUCAAAGAAGGGGCCCCCUCCCUGCUUUGCCAGUACUUCCUGCAGCAGUGGGAGCUCACGUCUCCUGGCCACGACACUUCAGUGCUGCCUGACAGUGUGGAGAUUGGCCUGCAGACCUGCUGCCACAUUUUCCUCAACCUUGUGGUCACUGCACCUGGACUGAUCAAGCGGGACGCAUGCUUCACAUCCCUCAUGAACACCCUGAUGACUUCCCUGCCUUCACUGGUUCAGCAGAAGGGGAGGCUGCUCCUGGCUGCCAACGUGGCUACCCUGGGCUUGCUUAUGGCCCGCCUUCUCAGCACUUCUCCAGCUCUCCAGGGGACCCCUGCCUCCCGUGGCUUCUUCGCAGCUGCCAUCCUUUUCCUGUCUCAGUCCCACGUGGCCAGAGCCAGCCCUGGAGCCGAGCAGGCGACCCUGGCCCUAGCCCCCGACUACGAGGGGGUGUGGGCCGACCUGCAGGAGCUGUGGUUCCUGGGCAUGCAGGCCUUCACAGGCUGUGUGCCUCUGUUGCCCUGGCUGGCCCCAGCCGCCUUGCGCUCUCGCUGGCCCCAGGAGCUCCUCCAGCUCCUGGGCAGUGUCUCCCCAACCUCAGUCAAACCUGAGAUGGUGGCUGCCUACCAGGGCGUCCUGGUGGAGCUGGCCCGAGCCAACCGCCUCUGCAGGGAAGCCAUGCGGCUGCAGGCCGGGGAAGAGACUGCCAGCCACUACCGCAUGGCAGCCCUGGAGCAGUGCCUCUCGGAGCCCUGAGGGAGGCGCUCCCCUGCUGCCCCCUGCCCUGGCCACCUUUCCCAUACCCCCAAUCCCCCAGCUUUCUGGCUUUUCUGUUCCCAGCCAGGCCUAGGGCCGGAGCAUGGAGCCGGACCCCUGGCGAAAGAGCUACCACCUACUCCCCCUGGGGUGGGGAAGGGCAGCAGAUAGCAGUGUUAUGACUUGUGGAGGACUCAGGAGCCUUCUUCCCAUCAGCCACAGCUUUGAAAUCAGUGUGUGUGUCCCAGAGAAGGAUGGUGCAGGUGGAGUUCCCCUAGGCCCAUAGUAUGGGGUGCUUUUCCCCCAAGAGGUUGGACAGAGGAGGUAAGAAGGAACAGGUAGGCGGGCAGGCAAGCAGGCAGGGGUUGUCUGGGCUUCAGUCUCUGCCGGUGGGCCCUGCCGGCCAGGGCAUGGGCUUCCCUUCCUGGAACCCCCUGGGAUCUCCUGGGGUAGAGAUGGGAUUAAUCCUCCCUGACCUUGCUAAGAAGAGAACCUUCUCUCUGACUGAGCCCCACCCCCACCCCCUUUGGGGACCCAGGGGUCUGCAGGUUCUAGUUCUGAUGGUGGGCAAUGUUGGGGGAAGAUGAUGAUUGAUUUUUUUCUUCCUGCACCAAGCUUGGAUGUCUACCCUUCUAGCCCCUGCCUGCCUUCCCCGCUCCUGCCCUCUGGCCCUGCACUGCUAGAGCUAGGAGCAAGGGGACAGUUCUUUGGAUUCGCAUGUCUCCCUUCCUUUCCCCUGGUGACUGACUUUCCAUUGUUGUGUUGGUGCCUGGCUUCAGCUCCCUGACUUCUCUGCAUGGAAACUUGAGCAGCCGCCAGCCCCAGCAGGCGCUGCCUCUCCCACAGGCAUGGGGAGGGGGUCCCCUUGCCCCACUCACCUCAUGUUCUAUAGAUGUGCCAAGCUCAAACUGUAUACCUGUGGACAUUCAAUAAAGUUAUUGGUGAUGAUAGAA